UCCUGCCAGUGACAGGUGGAAGAUAAAUUUCAGAGAAGUGCCCACAGUGCGAUGGGUAUCCGGUCGUGUGACGGUUAGUGGUUGAUAGUUCGUUUUUGCUGCGUUGUUAUCGUGGGUGCUAUUGACUGUGUCAUGCAGUUGGAAAAAACACAAUGACCUUAGCAGCGCUUUGUUGUUCCCAAUAUGUUAGAGUCAAGAUGUUACAUUUAAUCUUCCUUGCUUCGAUCUGCGCAUAUUCGGCAGCCUACGAACUAAAUUUACAUGUCUCUGAAGUAAAUACCAGUCUCCAUGAGCUUCCUCGCUUCUGGACAAAUACAGGCUUCUGUCCUAUGGGCCGAAUUACAAAUAACGACAUUUCUAAUUUCCUUUUGUCGAAUGAUGUAAAAACGAACCUGGCACUAAUAGGAGCUUUACCGAACAAUGGAAUCUCUAGAGUCCGCAUUCAUUGGUUGCUGGAAUUGAUCAAAUUUGUGCGGUUGGAUUCUGGACGUGUCCCAGUUUAUGAUUUCUCGCAACUGGAUCGAUUCUUAGAUACAAUGGUUCAAGCAAACUUAUCAGUGGGCUUUGAACUGAUGGGAAACCCAAAUGGCAUGUUUAAUUUGAAGCAUAUUUCGAGUGGUGCAUUAUGGGAGGACUUAGUAUUUUCUAUUGGUAGACGAUAUAAGAUUCGCUAUGGAGCCAAUACUUUGAAAACAUGGCAAUUUGAGACGUGGAAUGAGCCUGACUUGAAAACAUAUAACUUGCUUAACUUCACGAUUACAGAUUAUCUCGACUAUAUCAAAAUGAUUCGCAGAGGCCUGGAUGCGGUUGGUAGAACUGCAAACGAUACCCAUUUCGAACUGUCUGGCCCAGCAGGACUUUUCAAGAAUAUCAGUCAUCAUCCAUUAUGUUGGGGUGUUUUGAAAUACUGCAACGAAAAUAACAGUUGUCCAUUCGAUCGAAUGACAUUCCAUCGUAAAGGAACUGGACAUAGCGCUGCUGAAAUCGUGGAGGGUGGAAUGGCACUGAUGAAAACUAUUCAAACAGAAUUUCCAAAGUUGAAGGAUAUCAAGUUUUCAAAUAAUGAAGCGGACCCAAUAGCUGGUUGGUCUACCCCGCGACCGUUUCAGUCCGACGUUCGCUACGCAGCUAUGUUAGUCAAUACUAUUUUUCAACAUUGGAGCGCGAAGCUAAAUACGGAAGUGUUUCGACAUUUGGACUCCAUCAGUCAUGACAAUGCAUUCCUUAGCUAUCAUCCACAUGAGUUCGACCAGCGAACACUGUUCGCGCGUUUCCAAAUGAACCUGACCACACCUCCACACACCCAAUUCAUACAAAAGCCUGUCUAUGUAGCAUUGGGGCUAUUAGGCAACCUUGCAGAAUUUGCUAGCGACGUCACUACUGUUAAAGAUUUGGAUAUUAGUUAUCUAUUCACAAGAAAUCAUCACAAGACUCCUCUAUACUCAGCGAUAGUUAUCGUAGCCAAUGCUAGGAAGAAACGUAUUGAAUUCGACUUGACCAUUUCACUGCCUAAACUGGCAAAGGGUGAAAAUGUGGCUUCCAUCGUAGAAGUAAUAGAGGCUGAUAUAACUGAUCCGGUAAAAAUUUGGAAAUUUCAUGGAUCACCUGCAUAUCCAAAUGCUUCACUACGCCAAAUAAUGCGUGAUAAUCAGGGUCCAAUGCUCCUUAAUUCUACAAUCUGGAAACUAAGCAAAAAUCCGGAAGAACCCCCAAAUUUAAAAUUACAUCUUUCGCUAAAAGCACCCUCCAUUGAACUACUGAGAGUCUGCAGUUCCCUUAAUCCUUUACCAGCGAAACCAACGAAUGUAAGAAUCGAACAAGUGAAUCCUUCUGAAGUUCUCAUUUUUUGGAAUGAUUUAUACCAAAGAGAAAGAUGUAUUAAGACCUAUGAGGUGUACUUCAAGGAAUGUAACGGGAGUGAGUGGAUAUUUGUUUCGAAAAAGCACCAUGUACCUUUCCUAUCUUAUCAUUACCAACCGGAAAAUGGAAAGACUUGUGGCGAUUACAUGGUGCGAGGAGUUGAUCUGUUCACUCGAUUUGGACCAUAUUCCAAGGUAGCAUCGAUUGGAUGAAAAUUUGUUGCAGAUAAGUUAUAGUUUUUUAUAUGAAUGGGAAUAAAAAAUGUUUGUUAG